GGCGCCGGAGGAGCGCGAGGCCGAGGCGGGCGGCGGCGGGCGCCUCACGAUGUUUUACUCAGGGCUCCUCACCGAGAGCGGCCGCAAGGAGCCCGACCUGCGGGAAGCGGCGUCGCUGCGGCAGCAGCGCCGGAUGAAGCAGGCCGUGCAGUUCAUUCACAAGGACUCCGCCGACCUGCUGCCCCUGGACGGCCUCAAGAAGCUGGGCUCGUCCAAGGACACGCAACCUCAUAACAUUCUGCAAAGACGCCUGAUGGAAACCAAUCUGUCUAAGCUUCGAAGUAGCCGUGUCCCUUGGGCAUCCAAGACCAACAAACUCAAUCAUUCUAAGUCAGAGGGGCUAAAGAAGUCUGAGGAUGAUGACAUGAUUUUGGUUUCUUGCCAGUGUGCUGGCAAGGAUGUGAAAGCCUUGGUUGACACAGGCUGUCAGUAUAAUCUUAUCUCUUCAGCCUGUGUGGACAGACUGGGACUCAAGGAACAUGUCAAAUCUCAUAAGCAUGAAGGAGAGAAACUUUCUCUACCCCGACAUCUGAAAGUGGUGGGCCACAUUGAACACUUAGUGAUCACACUGGGCUCCCUCCGCCUAGACUGCCCAGCAGUUGUGAUUGAUGAUAAUGAGAAAAAUUUGUCCCUGGGUCUCCAGACUCUCCGAUCACUCAAGUGCAUCAUAAACUUGGAUAAGCACCGGCUGAUCAUGGGGAAGACAGACAAGGAAGAAAUACCUUUUGUGGAGACACUUUCUUUGAAUGAAGACAACACUUCAGAAGCAUAACUACUGCCUGCAGUUUUUCUGCACGUGUACACACACCAGGUUGACAGAUUGGGAAAUCGGGUUUGAAUCAAAUGCAGUAGCAGCUUGCUGUGGACCAAGUCCUUUCAUUCAAUAGAAGCUCUAGGGGCGUCCUUCUCACCCAGACCUCUCUAGACUUUAGUCUGUGCUUAGAGAUAUUGUCUGGUUAUAGCCAUUUUUUUUUUACUUCUUUGAUCACUUAAUGUGACACUGCCAGGUCUCACUGUGGCCUCUUUCUCUGCUUCUUCCAGGAAUUUGCUUUUAUUAGUCACAUAGAGAAGCUUCCCAGGUACUACUUCAUAGAUGUAAUUGCUUCUUUUCUUGUAGUUAAAGUGUAUAAUAAACAGGAACCUGACUUUUACCUCCUUUCACCUGUUUCAGAGAGACAUAGGAUGCCUAUGUCUCAGAAUUAGAAUUUCUUCUAAUUCAUUCAUUGAUUUCUCAAAUACAAAUUGAUAUGAAAUUGCUGAGAGAUAAUCUACCAACUUUUUAAUUUAAAGGACCAGAAAUGGCUGGGAAGAUAGCUCAAAGGGCUAAAUCACAUUCUUGGCAGACAGGGCUCUAAACCAUAUUGUUUUUCACCUUGGUAAUCCCCAACAGUGCUUGGGACGUCCAAGAAAUGAAAAAGCAAAAAGCUCAAAACAUGCAAAAAAAAAUCCUGAGAGGUAAGUGAAUUGUUUAAGUCAGUGGAUCCACAGACCAGUGUUGAGUAGUUUAUAUAGUGAGUGAGUGGCAGAAGGACCUGGAACUCAGGCCUCAUAAGCCCAGGUACUUUUCAUUCUCUUUGUCUUAAAGACUUUCUAGGGGGACCAAAAUAGGGUUUGUAGAAAUUCAGUGUAGAAAAACAUGCUCUGGGGAUGGAUGCUAAGGAGUUCUAAAUAGCACUUUCUCCUGUAUGCUCACUACCUGUAAACUGUCACAUUUAGACUUUUCACUUGGUUCCUAAAAUUUGAGAGUGUAAAGAUCAAUGGCAUGGUCUCUCAUCUUGGACUUCUUGGAGGAGUGGCAGGUGAAGGGACCACACAAAGAAGAAAACCAGUCAAUUUCUGAGGAUUGGAGUUCUGUCAUGGUACCAAGUAAAGAGAUGGAGCAAGGGGCUGUCAUGUUAAGGACAGCUUGGUAUUUUGGUUUGUUUUUGUUUUUGUAACUGCUCAGUAUUUUCUGAUUCUAUUCAAAAAGUUAGGUAAUCACAGGGAUCUGUUGAACCUUUUUUGUUGCGAUGUCAGGUGAAGAUUCCUGUAAUGUAAUCUCCCCUUUAAUUUGGUCACAGAAGUGCUCAGCAAAGUCAGAAAAAUAUUGUGCUUUUACAUCCCUUUAGAGAUUUCCUAAGUCUGUCCUUGGUUCAUAAUUGUAGUUCCCAGAAUAUUCAAUGAAUCCUACUUAGAGUGUUGCCAGGUCCAACCUAUAAUCUUGUGUAGUAUUAUCUGCUGACCCUACAUAACGUUUUUAGCCUCACAGAAACUUCUUUAAGACUAGGAACUUGACCUCCAUUUCAAGAAUUGGGCAGCUUGUUGUUAGUAAGCCCCAGAUCUCCUUCCUCCAGUUUAUAGAGGAAGCAGGAUGGGAACUAAAUUCUGUAGGGAUGGCCACACCUGAACCUCAGCAGAGUGAUCCAAGGAUUACCAGCCAGCUUUCAGUGUCCCUACCAGCUUCACCCCUUUAUCUUGUAUAGGAUGCCUUUCUACACUGUUCCCUUACUAACCAUGACACCAUUUUGAUUGCUUCUUAGGACUGAGUGAAAUACUUCACCCCUUUCUUCCAUAGUCAAAAAUUCUAGCCCGAGCCUUAACUUGGUCAUAAAUGAGGCAUGUUGGAAAUCCUUAGCAUGGACUAUCCUAUUUGGAUUCCUUAUGGACUCAGUAAAGCCAGGAAUUUUCUGUUGCUAGAAGAUGUGUCUGAUUUGGCUCUUUGAGUUCAGAUCAAGGGGAUGACCAGAUGACCAUUAGUGAUAUUUCUGGCAUAUAGGACUCAGUGACUUUCUAAUUUUGUAAUUGAAACAGUUGGUAUGAUCGGAGCUUAGGGAAUCAUAAUCUCAUUCAGUUAAGUCAAGUUGUGUGAAUUCAGUCAGUAAUUGUGAUUUGUGAUUUAACUCUCAGCCUUGAUAGAGGUAUCUAAAAGUGUCCAAGGACAAUCAUGGCAAAUCUUGGGCACCAUUAAUCUUUAAAUGCUGCCAAGUUGAUUAAGCUGAUAAUCUCUUCUCCCUGAUAUUCGUAAGGGAGCACUGGGUCUACUUAUUAGGGAUAAGACAGGUAAGCAGAUAUAAUUAUUUCCUCCAAGAAUCAUAGAAAAUUCUAGCAUUUCUGAAUGAGGGUGUGAGAAAAGAGUGUCUAUGCAGGCUACAGACUUGAAGACAGUAGCAAAAAGUAAGACUGUAGAACCACUAUUAUCCCUUGUUAGAUGUUCAUCUCACAUAUAGGGAAUUUGAAAAAUACUGAUUUUUGUCAUUUCUAUGCCUGACACAUUUAAGGAACAGAUGUUUUCUGACUUUUCUAUUCUCUUGACCUGCACAGAUUCCCACCUGGUAAGAUUUUCUAUUUCUUAGCUCAAAGUAUCUGUAGAAUGAAGUUAUUAGUAUGUUAGCUCUCCUCACUCUUGUAUAAUAGAAAUAUUUUUUCAGGCUGGGAACAUGGAGGAAAUGAACUGGAUUCUUCCCUCCUUCUGUUGCCAGGCCUCUGCAUUGGCACUUUAUCUGCUGUGUUUCUAGCUGUAUUUGGUUUAUUUGUGAGACUAAUGUAAUAAUAAAGUUAAAUAUUCUCCUGUG